CCGAUGUUCUCGCCGUUCCAAACAGCAAACACCGUGUUAUCUCUUCAAAAUUGCUCUAAAUCUGUGUGAUCCUGUGCGAUUUUCUUCUAUUAUUAUGCAAACACUUGCUUUAUUCUUCUUCUUUUUAUUCUCUCACAUGCUAUUACGUAGUCUUUCGUUGGAGAUUGAUGUACAUAUAAUAUGAUUAAGCACAUAACAGGAGAAUUGACCUUUUUAAUGAACAAGAGACUUGACUUUGCACUAUUAACUAAUCAAAUUCUAAAUUGACAGUGAACAGAUUCCAUUUUAAAGGAUUUGGGAAAAUAGUUUAAACUCGUUCUUUGUAGAUUUGGUUACGAUCCAUAACUCUUUUACUUCCAGUUAACCGUUUGAAAUGAUAUCAUGUUUUAAAUCCAUUAGAAACCCAGCGACCAUAGAAUUUGACGGUUGUACUCACCUAAACAAUUAAUUGAAUUUCAGUCCGGACUACACCUUAUUAUAACAAAAACAGUUGCAAGAUUGGUGAGUACCGCAUAUAACGUACGUGGAACAAACGCAUUAAACUAUGUUAAGGGGAUAAUUAUAAAUGAAAUCAAUUAAUUCCCCCCCCCCCCCCCCCCCGGGGGUCAAUUCACAUAUAUACUCUUUCUCUAGGAUGCUUUAGUGCUGUCCAAAUCUAGAUCAAAUAUGCCAAUGAAAAUAAUUUGGAUCCCUGAUAUUAUUGGAUUUUAAGCAGACUCCGGAGUGGUGUCAAUGGCCGCCGGCUCUAGUUAAAGUCCCUAUAGAAUGUAAACUCAAACGCAUUAAAUGUUGCAACUAACUCAUAUAUAAUUUUUUGAACAGUCACUAAGAUAUAAUUACAUAAUUGGAGCUAGUGCAAGCCGUUAUACAUUUGUUUCUGUGAUCGACUAAGAGAGAGGGGAAAUGAAAUUUAGCCCAGCUCUAAUUUACUGGGACGCCUUGCAACCCAAAGUCCAAACAACCGUGUAUCUACUUUGGGACUCUAUUUUUCAUUCCAUUUUUUACUAUAAAAUAGAAUAUGGAAAAAAAAAUAUUUCAACCAUACUCUAUUUUCACUCUAUAAAUAGAAUAAUUUAUUAUCUAUUUUUUUUAUUCAUUACUCCGUUAUGGAUAAGAAAUAUAAUAGGGUUGAAAUAUUCUAAUUUCAUAUUUGAUUUUACUCUAUUUUGAAGAAAAAAUAGAGUUUUACAUUGGAGAUGCUUUUAGGUCUUCUGUCAAAUUGUCCGUGCAAUUAGAAACACAAUUUUCUUUUAAACUAAAAAAAUUAUGUCCCGAAAAAUGUGAUGUAAUUUAUGGUAUAAAUGGCUCAUUCUCUUUUUCUAAUUUACUCGGAAAUAAUAGGGAACUUAUAUAUGGUUUUUACUCUCUAUUUUCUUAAUUCUCACCAUGAAAGUUUGAUUAUAAAACUAAUCGGGAUGAUUGGUGGGACUGUGUUAUCUUUAACUGUAAUUUUUAUUUAGUUUUUAAAAUUAUGAGUUUUACUAAUUUUAAAAAUAAAAAUAAAAUAGCUUUGUUUACUAAUAUUUUACUUUUUAUACAUUAUAAUUCUCAAAAUAUUUUACUUUUUUCAUUUUUUGACAAAAGUUUUCUGUUUUUAUUUUAUUUUUAUAAUUACAAUAUAUAUUAAAAAAAUUACUGACUAAAUCCUACAUCAACUUUUACAAUUACAGUAUUAUCCACAUUGAAACUUUAACUUUAAUAUGUUCAUAUUUCAAUUAAAUAAAAUAAAAUAAAAAAUUAAAGAAAUCGAUAUGGAUGUUGAAAAAAAUGGUGUAAGCAUAUUUUAAUAGAUAUUAUUGGAUUUAGUACAACAAAUUUUUUGGUAAUAAUUCAAAUUUUAUCCACGAAAACAAAUGAUACAUCGAUGUUCAAAAAAAAAAUGAUGUAAGGAUAUUUAUAAUAGGUAUUAUUCGAUUUCAUACAAUAAACAGCACUGUUUAAGCUAAUAUCACGUGGAGAAGGGCAUGUGCGACUUAUGAUUAAAUGCAAAGUCAAAUAACAACCCUUUUGACAGUACUCUAGUUUGCACGACACCACUUUUUCUAUAUCUAGUUGCGCCCGUUAAAAUUUGGAAAGAACUUAGACAAAAAAGUGUGUCAAUUUAUAUAAUAAUCGUAAACUGACGUAAUUUUUUUUGUGUUUUUUAACCUGGGGGUAUCUAACCGAGUCCCAACUAACAACGAGUUGUUAUUUGAAAAAUCAGUAUGCCACAUGCAUUUCUUACGCACUAUUUGGUGUCAUAAUUUUUUUCUUUUGAGAAAGGGCAUUAUUUGGUGUCAUAGUUCAUUCCAAAAAUUAUUCGAACUGUUAAGAAUACAUCUUUUUUUUUUGAACAACGUGUUAAGAAUACUUCAAAGUUCAACUUACUUAGUAAAUAAAAAAGUAUCAUACUAUAGCAAAUUAUUGUAUAAAUGAUUUGUUAUAAUUAUCUCUUGGUAUUUACUCCUAAACAAAGAUUCUUUAUAACUGCGUACGUACUUUAGUAAACAUGCAUAUGGAUAUAUUUUAUUCAUAAGUACUCCUAUUUAUUUUGUGGUCAAACUACAUAAUAGCGCAUUUCAACAAAUUCGAUUCAAAUGGUUUACAUUAAUUUUAUUUUUAUUUUUAUUUUUUUGGGCAAAACUGCCAGUCUUGUCUUAAUUAAUUCAAAAAUAAAUUACACAUACGUGUGACUUGUAGACACCACAAUUUUUGCAAGCUACAUAAUCUGUUAUCAUAAAUCAUUCUUUACAGAUCUGUAUAAGAAUUACAGUAAUUGUCCGUACAUUUUCAUUAACUAUAUAUUUUUCUUUUUCAAAAACUAAAAUGAUUUCUCUGGUAUGUUCCAUCUCCCUGACCAGUUUGUGUAACAUGAAUGUCUCUCUCCAAUGAACCUUCGCGCAGACAUAAACAGCUCACUUCCGUCAUUAUUAUUUAUAUUUUAAAACAUUAAAAAAAAAACAAGAACUGCAUUCAUUAACAUGUUCACUCAAUCACCUCCCUCAGAUCGAUUCUUUCCUCAACCUUCAUCAACUCAAACCUCAAAACAUGUCCAGCUUCCUCAUCUUCUUCCUCUUCGUCAUCACCACUUCAUUACUCAUCACCGUCCAUGGCUACGGCUCGACAGGAACCAUCGCCGCAGCUUUCGGUUCAAACGGGUUCUUCUGCGCCAUCGACGCAAGCGGGAAGCAAGAAGUCAUCUGCUGGGACAGAGGCAACACAAACCACUCUCCCGGAGAAAUCUCCGGUUACUCACCUCCGGCGAUGUCUUCUCUCUCCGGCGGCGAAGGCUUCCUCUGCGCCAUCACCUCCAACACCUCGCGUGCCUUCUGCUGGAACCUUCAAGAUCCUUCUCAAAACCUCGUCCCGAAAGCUUUUCAGUACAACUCUUACUCGAGUAUCGCGUCCGGUAACAACCAUGUCUGCGCUAUAAGUGGGUUGUACUACUCAGGUCCUGACUACGGUCCUGUCCAUUGCUGGGAGUAUACGGACACAUCUGGUGUUCUUUGGAACUCGUCUUUUCAUAAUCCUUACAUAGACACUCUCAUGUUUCGUAAGAUCGUGUCUGGAGAUGGGUUCACUUGUGGUGUUACUAAAGAUGGAGAGUUGGUCUGUUGGGGACCAAAGUCAAACGGUUUGGGUCUCUCCGACAAGGGAGAAGGGUUCGAGGUUUUAGCUUCCGGGAGAAACUCGGUUUGUGGGGUCUCUAAAGAGUCAGGUCAGCUUCAAUGCUUUGGAGAUGAAACGGAGUUUGGAGAAGUACCAAACCGGAUCCGGUUUAUUUCUCUUUCAGCUGGUGCUGAUCAUUACUGUGGUAUCAGAGAGGAUGAUCACGGGGUUGCGUGUUGGGGAAGAAACGUGAAUUCAUCCUCUUCAGCUCCUAAUACUUCAGGUUUCGUAGCGAUCUCGUCUUCAGAUUCAACGACGUGUGGCGUUAGAGAGCUGGAUCUGGUUCUUGAUUGCUGGAGAGUUCAUGAUUCCACUAAACCGGAUUAUAGUCCUCCUCUGGAGCUAUGCAGCCCCGGGGUGUGUUCCCCUCGUGGUAACUGUGGCGAUGGAUGGUUUGCUUUCAACGCAAGUAUCUUGAAAGAGUCAGAACUCACUAGCUUGUGUUCCUUUCAUGACCUAAACAUAUGUUUACGCUGCGGGGUUGAUUGCUUGGAAGGCUACUUCCCUUCGAGUGGCUGUAACCCUAACGCGGACAGGGUCUGCACUCCUUGUUCGUUGUGUCAGAACAGUUCUUGCUACGGUGUGUGCAAGAUCCCUGCCGAGAAAUCGCGUAAGCACGAGCAGAGAGAGGUGAGGAGGCUUGUGAUCAUCAUUGGAUGCUCUGUCUUGGGGUUCUUGGUUAUGUUGGUUGGUCUAUCUUUCAUUCCGAGGAUGACUAAAGGCAGUAAAAGAGAUGAUGAAGAGAGGAGUAAGAUGACUUGUUGCUUUUGUUUCGACAAGAACUCUGUCGAAGCUGAUCCUGAUCCUGUUCCUCAGACGGGGCUUCUCCCGAGCGCUGUCUCCCUAGGGGAGACAAAGAUCUUCCGUCUCUCGGAGCUGAAGGACGCGACUCACGGGUUUAAAGAGUUUAACGAGCUGGGGAGAGGUAGCUUCGGGUUUGUCUACAAAGCUGUUUUGUCUGAUGGGGUUCAAGUCGCGGUCAAAAGAGCCAACGCUGCGACCAUUAUUCAUUCCAACAACCGAGGCUUCGAGUCCGAGUUAGAGGUUCUUUGCAAGAUCAGACAUAACAACAUUGUAAAUCUUUUGGGAUACUGCUCGGAGAUGGGUGAAAGGCUUUUGGUUUACGAGUACAUGCCGCACGGUACGCUCCAUGAUCAUCUCCAUGGAGAUCUUUCUCAGCUGGACUGGAGCAUGAGGUUGAAGAUUAUGUUGCAAGCUGCAAGAGGGCUUGAUUACUUACACAACGAGGUGGAUCCUCCGGUGAUUCAUAGAGAUGUGAAGACGUCUAACAUCUUGUUGGACGGCGAAAUGUGUGCAAGAAUUGCUGAUUUUGGAUUGGUUAGCUCGAGUGAAAGAGACUCAAGCAAGAGUGAUAGAGAAGGUGAUGUUUAUGACUUUGGUAUUGUUCUUCUUGAGAUGCUAAGCGGGCGGAAAGCUAACGAUAGAGAGUCUGAUCCUCCCGGGGUUGCGGAAUGGGCUGUUCCUUUGAUCAGGAAAGGUAAAGCUGCCGCGAUUAUCGAUAGGAACAUUGGUUUGCCUAGAAAUGUUGAGCCGUUGCUUAAGUUGGCUGAGUUGGCUGAGCUUGCUGUGAGGGAGAAUCCUAACGAGAGGCCAAGUAUGAGAAAUCUAUUGAGCUUUCUUGAUCUUAUUGUCAAGACUGGACUCACCUUUUAAUUUGAAGAAGCGUUACAAAAUGUGAAUUAUAUUAUCAGCCUUGUUUUCUUAUGCUUUUGUUACAAAAUUGUACAAUCAUUGGUUAAUUAAAGUAAUAAACUGACAGAUUUCUUUGUCAAAAUGUAUCAGAAAGUGAUCUUAGUAGUGUAAUCAUUCAGUUGUAGGCUAUGGUCAAGAUCUCUUCCAUUUUUAUCAUCAACAUAUAAACAUAGUCUGAGCUAUGGAGGUAAAUGUAAUUAGUUGCUGGCUAUGGUCUAUGCUUGCAGGUUUUCUCCCGUCCUGUUUUGGAUUCUCAUUGGCUCUAUUUUUUGCCUUUCUCGGUCAUAUGAGAUUGGUUUUACCCUCUUUAGAUCACAUUCAUUCCUUGUCUGUUUGGAAGGUCUUGUUAAAAGAGUGUGAAACUUGUUAAAAUUCUGUUUUUCUGAAUAAUGAAAAUAGAGCAUACAAGAUUUGAAAGGUAAGCUUCAUAUCACAACAGAGUGUUGGUAGUGUAUUGGUUCUCAUGUGUCUCGGAUUCAAACCACUUUUGGUAAGAAGUGGUAUUUUAAAAAUUAGAAUUUCAAAUAGCUGACUUCGGGACUAUAGCAUUUAUGGAUCUACGAAAGAUUAUGGAUCUAAAGUUCAGAACUUCUACAGUAGUAACAAAACUUCAUAUCACGAGAAGAGCAACCAGAUUCCAUAGUUUUGCCAGUUUUUUUAUGUCUCUUUUAAAGGAUCUCAAAAGAAAAGAAAAACGUGUAGGUAUGAUUUGUGGCUUAUGGAAACUAUGAGAUUAUCAUUUUAAUAUAAAUCACUUUAAAUUUUACAUUGAAUAUUUUAUUUUAUUGAAUUAUACAUUACUCUGCUAAAGACGGGUCUAUUUUUCAUUUGUAAAUGUUAAAAAAGAAAUAUUAACGUUACUGAAAAAGUUGCUAUCCAUAUUGUUCAGAUCAAAAUAUACUAUCAUGUAUAUUGUCUACUCAAACUAAAGUAGUAUUCUUUCCAGUUUCCAUUAUAUUGAAACCUCUGGAAAACGCCCACUGUAAAUAGACGGGUUACUCACACGACAUGACAUGAUACAGUACACCUGAACUGGCAAAGAGUAUCUCCAAUUUUUCAAAAUAAAGUUUUUUUUCAAAACAAAACUUUAAACUAAAUUUUUUUUUUUUUGAAAAAAGGCUCAACUUUAAACUAAAUUUCAAUUUUUUUAUAUUUUAUACUAUAAUUUUUAUAUUUAUCAUAAUUAAUUUAAAUUCAUAAAAUUUUAUAAAUAAUUAGCACAUAUAUAAAAAUACUACAUCAAUAUUAAUUAAUAAAAAGUUGCACUAAAAUUUAAAUUAUGAGUAAUAUACCACAUUAAUUUGUAAAAAUAUUUUCGUAAUACUCUCAUAUAUGAUAAGUUAGUACAUUUGUUAAGUUUCUUUUGUAAUAUUGUUGUUGUAUGAAUCUAGUUUUAAAAUAUUUUAAAUCUUAUUUUAAGGUUUUUAUAAUUUUAUGUGUAAAACUUAAAUUUAUGAAAACAUAUUUGAAAUAUUUAUGAAAUAUAAAAAAAAUUAAGGAUUAAAAUGAUUAACAACCAAAUAUUUAAGAAUCAUAAAUGUAAUAUGCAAUUGUAAAGAUAAAAUGCAAAUAAAAAUAUUGAAAUUAUAUUUUUGAAAACAGAAAAAAUCAUAUUUGAAGUUAUGGAAUGUUUUUGGAAAUGCUCUAAACAUAUAAGGUUGAAUUUAUAAUUCAUUGAAUAUUGUGAGUUUACUAUUUCACUUUAGGUCAAACAUUCAUAGAUAAUUAAAAACAUCUCCAACAAUAGGGUCCAAACUUAUUUAUUUUGAAUCGAAACAUAUCCAAAGUGAACAAUCAAGGGAAAUUGUCACAAAUACCACUUUCAAUGUACCACUUUUCAUUAAUACUUUAACCAACUUUACCAUUAAAAUUUUAAUAGGCAAAAUACAAUUAUACCCCUAUCUAAUUAAAACUACAACUAUUAUCUUCUUUUCCACUAUCCGAUAAUCAAUCCGACGAGAUCCGGUGAUUCUGACGAGUUUUCCGGUGAGCUUUGACAACGAAGACGAGUUCUCUUGCGAAAUCUGACGAUGCUGAUGAGUUCUCUGGCGAAACACGAAUGAGACGAUCUCUCUCCUGAUGCUGAUGAGUUUCCGGUGAGAUCUGACGACGCUAACGAGUUUUCCGGCGAGAUCUGACGAUGCCGAGAAGUUCUCCGGCAAAGCUGACAGACUCGACAAGCUCAGACGAACGAGACGAUCUCUCUCCCAACGCCUAAGAAACACUAACAAAGGUAAGAUGAUAGUAUAUGGUGAUUUUUGCCUCUUUCUGUAAUUUUAGCUUGAUUUAUCAAAAUCGAUAUGUUUCUAAGAAAGAAGACGAAGUUUUUCAAGUGAAGUUUUCAGAUCUCAAAUUUAUAAGAUCUUAUAAAUUGUGUCCUUUCAAAUCUUACUGUUGAUCUUUUAGCAAUCAAAAGACACAAAGCUUAACGUAAGAGUACAAUUAUUGAUUUGGUUGAUUUAUUGUCAUAGUUUUCAGAUUUAUAUAAUUAUUUAAUUCAUGAGAAGGUACUAACCUAAGAGUAUAAUUAUUCCAUGAUUACUUCUUCUCUUGGUUGAUUUGGUGAUGUUGCAGAGAAUUACAAAUGUGUGUUGUCAGCUUUUGGAUUUAAAGGAUGUUGUGGAGAAGAUGUGUGGUGAUAUGCAUAUCUAAGUAUCUCACUUCCUUAAGAAGCAGUGGAGAUGAAGGAUGAGUUUGUUGAGUUACGAAAGCAUACUAUUUUUGAAUCUUAUUUUUGGAAGUGAAUGCUGAUGCGUAGAAAUAAUAUGUGACUGGCUUUUGUUUAGAUUUUGAAAAUUUACGAGGUUGGUGAGCUGUUUGAAGAGGCAAGAGAGACUCUGAAGAAGAAUGUGGUUUGUGCUAUCAAAGAAUUACGUAUUUAUAACGCUUUAUAAAAGUUGCAGAGUUGGCUUCUUAGUACAUUCUUCUCUCUCAUCUUCUUUAGACAUCUCUUAUACUAAAACAAUUGUAUCUCUCUUUUAGUAGUUGCAUAGUUGAAGAUAUUAGUUGGACAUGUAAGUGAGUUUGGUUUCAA